CCAAGCACAGGGAGCCAAUGACGAGCGGCCUCCCAACGAGAGUGAUCCAGCCCCACCUCCCGGCUCUCGCUGUGGUUUUUAUAGUGUGAAUGGGGCGCGGGGGAGCGGGUGUGUUCAGUGCGGGACACGUUUGGUACUAACACCAGCUCUCUCAGCACAGCCAGUACAGUGCGGCUCGCCUUCACAGACUGCAAUGAGUACAGCAGCAACGCUUGUGCUGCUCUGCCUGAUCUGGGGAGCUCUCCCCCAGGCCCGCUGCUGGUUAAACUGGUUCGGGGCCAAGAAGCCGACCACGACGGUGCCCACCAUCACGACCCGACAGGUCACCUCUACCUCCGAGGGGCGUCCGCCCAGAGCCCAGCAUGGAGCGGACGUCACAGGGACCACUCCGAUCACCAACGAGCAGUGGGUGGGAAAGCCGGAGGGAGAGGAAGUGACCACUCGGCUCAGCGAUGCCCACAAGGGGCCAGGGGGGAGCAACCCUGUCACGGGGGCACUCAACGCGACGGAGGGUGCCUGGGACGGCGCGUUGAAUUCCACGGUCCAAGCGGGGACGCUGCUAGUAGCGUCCACCCUGGUGGCGGGAGAAGCUUCCGGAACAGCGACCCCGGCUCCAGCCCUCACUGUGGCUUCCACACCACCGGGGCCUACCGCGACCGGCGGAGGUCAGACGGAGCGUUUGGUGACAGCUGUCGGGCCUGCAGGUCGGGCCUUGUCCACGGAGGAGGCAUCGUCAUUGGCGUCGUCUUCCUCGGAAUCCUCCUCUCCUUCGCUCAAUGCCUCCCUGUCCUACACCACCUCGCCCUCCGCCCUGGCGACUCCUCACCGCCCGGACUCGGACUCAGUCAACGUUACCACAGCCGCCCCCUCCUCCAAGCCGUCCUGCGGCCCCCACUGUCCAGGUAAUGAGCGUUCUGUGUCUUUGCUGCAGUUGGUUGGAGACCCUGCUCCUAAGCAGGUCACUGUGGAGUAUGGACCUGACCAAAACCCAGUGUACGAGUUUGGCCCAAAUGUCAACACCGGGCAGUUGGCAAGAGCUUACUUCAAAAGCCCCUUCUUCCGUGACUUCUCAUUGCUCUUCACAAUCAAGCCAGCGUCAUCCAAGAGUGGCGUGCUCUUUGCUAUCACCGACGCCAGUCAAACUGUCAUCUACGUGGGAGUUAAGUUGUCCGAGGUGCAGGGUGGAUCACAGAACGUUGUGUUCUAUUAUACUGAGCCUGGCUCCCAGCAGACUAACGAGGCUGCACGCUUCAGGGUGAAAAGUUUAACCAACAAAUGGGUCAAGAUUGCCCUUGCUGUGGAGGGCGAUGUCGUCACCUUUUACCUGGACUGCGAGCUGCAAGGAUCUGUGUCCUUUGAAAGGUCCCCAGACGAGAUGGAGAUUGAUCCGUCCUCUGGGGUCUUUGUUGCACUGGCAGGCGGUGCAGAUCCCGAUAACUUCUUGGGUUUCAUCUCGGAUCUGAAGGUGAAGGGAGACCCUUGGGCAGCACGUCUUUACUGUGAUGAGGAUGAUGAUGGCGAGGCUUCGGGAGAUUAUGGGAGUGGAUACGGAAGAGGAACUCAAACGGUGACACCUCCUACGCACCAUCUCCCAGAACACGCACCAGUGCGGCCCCCUCCCCUCACAAUCGAACGACAGCAUACCAGACCAGCUGAGGAGGGGAGCAGACGGAUACAGGUCUCAGGAACAGACAGAGGCUCGGUGGGAGAGAAGGUUUACAGUGGGCCGAAAGGAGAGAGUGGAGCUGGUUUCGGUGCAGUCAUCAAAGGAGAGAAGGGUGACAAAGGGGAUCCGGGUGAAAAGGGCACCGCCGGAUUCGGGUACCGCGGUCCGAAAGGAGAGAAAGGAUCCCCCGGGAUCCAGGGCCCGCCGGGUCCUCCAGGAUCUGCCGCUACCACAGUGCGGGAACGUGGUGACGGAGUGACGGUGGAGCGUGUGGUCGGUGUGGAAGGACCUCCUGGACCGCAGGGACCUCCCGGACCCCCCGGGAGAGCCGGAGAGCCGGGUGAUCCUGGCGAAGACGGCAAGAGGGGUGAGAUCGGCCCUCAAGGUUUCCCAGGGACCCCGGGGGAUCACGGAGCGAAAGGCAAUAAGGGUGACCCAGGGAUUGGAUCCCCAGGACCCCCUGGACCUCCAGGACCCCCUGGACCGCCUUGUUUGCCCGGCCCACCAGCUGUAAUCACCAAGAUGGACAAACUAACGUUUCUUGAUAUGGAAGGUUCCGGAUUCGAUGGCAACCUGGAAAUGUUGCGGGGAUUGCCCGGACCUCCGGGGCCACCUGGACUCCCUGGUCUUCCCGGACGGCCUGGAGUGUUUGGUAUGAACGGCACUGCGAUCCCUGGACCGCCGGGUCUGCCUGGACCCCCAGGAGCAGACGGGAGGCCUGGGGUCUCUGGGCCAAUGGGACCUCUGGGGCCACCUGGACAAGAUGGCCGACCAGGACUGGCUGGGGAGAAAGGACUGCAGGGCGAGCCUGGUGACUUGGGACUCCCGGGAGCUCAGGGGCCUAAGGGAUCGGCGGGGCAGGCCGGGCCUCCCGGUCAGCCUGGCCUAGCUGGGUUGCCGGGGCCUGUAGGACCCCGAGGACCUCCUGGUCCUCCUGGACCCUCGGCUGCAGUUCUCCGCGCUGGCUUUGAGGACGCAGAAGGAUCUGCCCUUCCGAUCAUGACCGGAGUGCCUGGGGAACGGGGGCUGGAAGGUGCUCAGGGGGUCCCCGGGGUGCCCGGUCUUCCUGGAGUGCCUGGUUUGAAGGGUGAGCCAGGAAUCCCAGGAGAGCUGGGAUUGCAGGGACCUCAAGGAUAUCCUGGAGAAAUCGGGUUAACAGGACCACCUGGCCCUCAGGGACCGAAGGGUGCCCAGGGAGAUCCAGGCAUGAAGGGUGAGCCGGGCAGAGAUGGAGUCGGAUUGCCAGGUCCUCCUGGUCCUCCUGGAAUUACCUACAGCGGUGGCAGUGCAGUCGAUGGUGUUACAUUUGUGCCCGGUGCACAGGGCCCAAGGGGCAUUCCUGGCCAAGCUGGAUUGCCGGGUCCCAGUGGACCGAAAGGCGAACGAGGACACCCAGGUGUCACAGGACCCACAGGGCCGAAGGGUGAUAGGGGAGAGCCUGGCUUCAUCAUUAGCCCCGAUGGAACCACAUUGGAUAGUCUGCUGGCCAGUGGCAUUGGAUCAAAGGGUGAUGCUGGCAUUCCAGGACCCAUUGGCCCGCAGGGCUUGCCGGGAUACCCAGGUCAAAAAGGUGAAAUUGGAUUGCCAGGGAGACCGGGUCGGCCUGGCAUAAAUGGACUGAAAGGAGAAAAGGGCGAGCCAGGAGAUUUCAGUGGUGGUUUUGGGUACCGGAAUAUUCCAGGACCACCCGGUCCUCCGGGACCCCCUGGACCACCUGGUAUGCCAGCGUCUGAUCACGUGUUCAGAGGGGCAGCUGAAGGAUACCCUGGAAUACAUGGACCACAAGGUCCUAAAGGAGACCGUGGCAACCCAGGGUAUAUGGGCCCUCCAGGACAGAAAGGGGAUAUUGGGGAGCCUGGGCUUCCUGGCCCUCCAGGAACCAUCCCACAUGAGGUAUAUGACUUCACCUCCUCUCUCAGAGGUGCAAAAGGAGAAACGGGUGACGUGGGGCAGAAAGGAGAGAAGGGCGCACCAGGAGAUGGCUAUGGUUCUGGUGUAGCCGGGCCCCAGGGUCCUCCUGGGCCUCCGGGACCACCGGGUCUUCAGGGACCGAAAGGAGACAGCAUUGUUGGACCUAGAGGGUUACCAGGCAACGCGGGACCCCCUGGUUAUGGGUAUCCAGGUGCCCCCGGUCCUCCUGGGCCUCCCGGCCCCCCUGGAGUUUCUGCUUCAGGACACCACAGAACAAGCAUCGUCGGACCACCAGGUCCCCCUGGUCCCCCUGGCUCUGCAGCCUCAGCUUCAGGGGUUACAGUGCUGCAGACCUAUCAGACAAUGCUGAGUAUCUCUCGCAGCUUGCAUGAGGGAACAUUGGCUUAUGUCAUGGAGCGUGGAGACUUGUAUAUCCGAGUCCGCGAUGGCUGGCGUCAGGUUUAUCUUGGGGAAUACAUUCCAUACCAUGGUACUGGAAUAAAUGGAAACAACGUGGAAGCGGUGGGAUCUCCGCCCGUGGUGCAGUACUCGACAGACAGCGAAUCCGCGCAGACCGUGGAGGGGGCAGCUCCAGACAGCGGGGCUCCUGAGCCUCGCACGGAGAGUCCGUGGGGCCCCGAGCACCGUUGGCCCGUGCACCAUCGUCCGGAGACGCCGCAACUCAACCACCCGCGCCACCAACAACCCCAGUCGGUCCCAAGAUGGCUGACCACCUCUGCUCCACCCCGCUCGGCAGCUCCUCCAAGGCACAGCCACCACGGACUCUCCCAUCGACCCCAUGUGCCCCCCUCUGGCCACGCUGAGAGCCUCCACGGAGUACCAAUGCUUCACCUCAUGGCUCUCAACACCCCUCUCACUGGCAACAUGCAGGGGAUCCGGGGGGUCGACUUCCAAUGUUUCCAGCAGGCCCGGGGGGUGGGGCUGAUGGGGACGUUCAGAGGCUUCCUCUCAUCUAAGCUCCAGGACCUGUACAGCGUGGUGCGGCGGGCUGACAGACACUCGGUGCCCAUCGUAAACAGUAAGGGGCAGGUGCUGUUUGAUAGUUGGAGCUCGCUCUUCUCUGGGUCUCAGGCUCGUAUCAAACCCAACACCCCCAUCUACUCCUUUGACGGGAGAGACGUGCUUCAAGACCAUGCCUGGCCUGAGAAGUUCGUCUGGCAUGGAUCAGACUCCAGGGGCCGGCGCCUGUCACAGAGUUACUGUGAAGCCUGGAGGGAAGCCCAGGACAACAAAGUGGGAAUGGCGUCGUCCCUGCUGAGCGGCCAACUCCUCGAACAGAGGCCUAGCCCCUGCUCCCAUUCCUUCAUUAUCUUGUGCAUCGAGAACAGCUACCUGCCUCACACCCGAAAGUAAGCAGGCCUCUCUCGCCGCCUCCCCCACCCACCCACCGUAAGAGAACACUGAUCGCCCUCUCCGAGGUCAUUAUUUUUUGAAAACAAUGUAACUUUUUGGAACGAUUUGAGCAGGGUAAAAUGGAAGAGAAGAGCAGAAAAGACCAAAGAGAUCGGUUUUGAGUUAAUCAUUGAGAUAACGUCACGAUGAUGACCCAGCAUGCACUGGGAAGGACCUGGAGGCACCUCACCUAAUGCAGAUCUCCACUGUGUACAUGUAACGUUUAAUAUUUGUUUAUGGAAUGUUUGUGCGUGCAAGUGUUUUUUUAUUUACUUACUUCCGAAAGUUAAUCUUGUUUCCUUGGAUUCCUCUGUAGUUGGCUCUUUUCCCAAUCAUUAUCAUUCAAAUCGUGCUUUUUCUUUCUUUCUUUCUUUCUUUCGUCCCUCCCAAAAUUGCAACUAUAUAUUUCUACCGGCACUCUUUCGUUUAAAACAAAAAGAUUGGUUGAAAGUCACAAUUACAAAUGAGCAUGUUCCUCUUUUCUUUUGCCUCUGAACCACGCACACAAGAUGGCGCGAGAGGUGAGAGCGAGCCUCAUUUUCCCAACUGGGCCUCGCUGUGCGUUGUCGGUUCCCACUCACCCUGAAGCUGCUCCGUUAUCAAAAGGCACGCACAACUGUGCAGUCUUUCACCGGAGUUUGAUUUGCUGAGGGCAGAGGGAGGCGAAGGGACAUUAAAGAUGGCGUUUCAUUGGCAAUUGGGCCACGAAUUGCUUGGCCUCUCCCAUCCCCACUCCCUCAAUUUUGAAAAGCAAGUUGUGUGUGUGUGUGUGUGGGAGGGGGGAGGCGGAGUUUGGAAAAGCUCAUCAUUUUGUCUGUUAUCAGACAGCCCUGGGAACAGGCUGGAGACUUUGUCCUGGACUUGACUCGUUUAAUCGGCCCACUUGCACCUCUACCGCUGAAUGGUGAUGGUGGUUAGAGAUUGGGGUGGUACAGUUAGAUACCCCUUGGAUGAGCGGGAGAUGGAAUCAAGGAGAGAGUUAGACAACCAGAGAAAAAAAGGAUAACAAUGACCACAAAUGGACAGAAGUGGGAGUUAUUUAAGGCUAGCUGACGUCCAUUCAAAAACGUAUGCAGCCAUUAUAGCAGAGUUUGUCUAUCAAAACAUCAGAGGAAAUUCCAGCCUUAUUCUUUGCGGCAUACAAUAGGGCCUUGGAGGCAACAUCUAAAGUCUUCCAUCCAUGGACUGCAAUAUGGAUUUAUGUUUGAAAUCACCAGGACAGAGAGGUCUUUCUACUAUGAUCGUCCCAUUAUAAGGAGAUAAUAGAGCUCUUUAUGAGAAACUUCCAGACACACAAAAAUGCCAGUCGGUCACAGUGGCAGAUGUAGUGAUGUUCCCCAUAGGACUCGGUUCCUGAAUUUUAACAGAUGGCUGUCACAAUUCACACCGGGCAAUGACAGCUCCACCCAGAUUGACGCUUGGAGCUUCACGUCUAUUCAAUGGGUUUGUGGUUUAAUGCAGUCGGCACAAGAGAAUGCCAAAUUCCAGAGAGGCUUGAGAGGUGAUGAAUUGUUAGAAACUUAGAACACUGACAGAAGCCUUGCGUCCAAUAUUUCUCCUUAUUUUUGGCCGAUUGUUUUACUGAACCACCCCUCUGUGUAAAACCAUUUCUCUGUAUCCCCGUUCUCCCAAUUCAUUUGAAUUGAUGAAAAUUUUGUAAAGGUGGAGUAUUUGUGAAGAAUGGUCCUGAUUAUGUUCUUAAUCCUCCUCAGCACCCAAGAUGUUUCCAUUCGUGAAUGCCUAGUUUCCUUCAGUUUUUCUUCCCCCCCACGUGUGUUUCUAAUAUAUUGGACGGCUGAUAUUUGAAAACUCAAAAUGCGUCACCCAAGUUAGAAAUAACUUGCCAGUAAAGUUUUGCUAAAACAAGAACAUCUGCUGUGCUAAUUGGCCAGCACUGCACAACAACAGAGGAAUGUUCCAGAAGUUUGUCACUGCUUGUAGCCUUCAACUGUGUGGAAGAGGUUCCUGGUCAGUGCACAAGGUAGUCAGCUUCCAUGAAAACUUGCUACACCUCCUGAAAGCCAGGGUGCAGUGAAGAGACAGUCAUGUUACGGUCGUGUAGAUAUUGUUACAGCUCUAGUAAUCAGAAGGAGUUCACAUCCCAGGCUUUGAGAAAUUGAAACUCGGUUUUAAAAGGAGAAUUAGGAAUCUCGAAGUCAAAAUGCUGGUCUCAGCAACAACAUUUAUUGAAAGAAAUCCACCAUUCUCCCCUGGGUCUGGCCUACAUACAGCCCUGAUCCCGCAACUGGUAGGCCGAACAAAGCAAAAUACUGCAGAUGCUGGAAAUGCAAAAGGAAAACAGAUGCUACCAGACCUGCUGAAUAUUUCCGCAGAGUCAGAAAAACAGAAUUAAGUCCAGUAUGAUCCCUCUACGGGAAGUAACUCUUGUUUCUCUCUCCCCAGAUACUGCCAGAUCUGCUGAGUUAUUCCAGCACUCCGUCUCUUUUUUUUUACUUCAGAUUUCCCCAGACUCUGCAGGAUUCUGCAUUUAUUUCAAUGUUUUGACAGAACAGGUUGCUUCUUAACCGUCCCCUGUUGAACUUAAACUCUGUAGCUGUGCAUAAAAUGGUGGUCGAUGUUGAAAAUGAAGUUUGCGUUUGCGCAGUUUCUGACGAACAGUCGCUCUUUUUUUUCAUUAAGUGGGCACAUUUUAGCCAGGAAAGCUUACACCAGUUGGGAAAACAAGGAGGUGAGUUUUUUUUUGAACCUCUGACACCCCAGCUCCCACCCCUAGGCCUGGUCUGAUUACUUCAAUGGUUGGGAAGAGGGGGGGGCGGGUUUGCAAUACAAGAUAAUGCCAAUUCCUCACACUGGCUGAGGUUACCAUUGUAGAUCCCACCCUUUCCCCUCAGCUUGAGCUCACCAUCCAUUGUCUCUCCUCUAAUGAACCCCAUUGCCCUCUGGGACAAUGGUGACCAUACCUUGGUCUAUAUUGGGUCACUUGUGCCCAUGAAUGACCAUGAGUCGAUGCCUAAGUUGGGCCAGUGGUUGGCUCUGAAACUCUGAUCCCAAUCACAUGAUCUAUUCUAUCCAAGCAACAGACUCCCACACUCUUGCCCCUGACCACCCGUGCCCUGGUCACUGAACUUCCAAGACCAAUAAAAGAAUGUUCCUCAUCCAGUCGCCUGAUCCUUCACAAUCGGUCGCCAGCUCUUGCUUCCCCAUGUCUGGUCACUGAAACAAAAGCGCUCCAGGAAUUUUUCUCUCAGACAGGACAAUGUUUUCUCCAGAACUGCUCUCAGUAACGUGCUGGAGAUUUUGCCAUCAAACCCUAGAGACUCCACACCAACCAGCCUGUUCAAGAGAUGGUUGGGUGGGUGUAUUUGCUCAUCUGCAGCCUUGACAGAGUCUGGUUAUGUUCCCGUUCCAACGUGUACAAAGCAGGAACAGUUCAAUCUUUGAAUCUUGUGUUGGGUGAAUGAAUUCCAUAUUGGCACACGCGGCAAAUGAAAACAUAAUUUCUUUAGAAAUCCCAGCUGAAAAUUAAGAAAUCUGAAGCUUUUCCCCUUUGCAAUCGAAGCAAUUUUGUUUUUCCGUCACUUAAGGAAACUGCCCCCAGUGUCCUGCUUCAGACCACUUGGCACUGAUCCCACGUGGGACCCAGUUAGCUCGGGUCAUUACGGGGACAUGGUUUGUAUUCCAGCUGAUCUAGCGAAGCGAGUGCCUGCACUGAAUGCAACAUUUAAUCUUUCAAGAGUACACACUGCAUCCUGUACUAACAGCAAAGGUGCUACAAUUAAAACCUGUGAACGUGAGCGGGCACAUACUGUAGCUCUCUGUAACCUUGAUGUUCAGUAAACACUUCUUACAAAAUACCGAAUAAAAAUUAUAAAGCCCUCUUA